AUGGAUUUAGAUAGUAAAGCCUAUUCCAAGUUAAUUCAUGCACACAAUAGUGUUGGAAGCUCUGAAGAAUAUAUAAGAAUUAUUGUUGCAAUAUUGCCUUUAGCAGAAAGACAUGAUCAUGAAACACCAGAAAUGUGGUGUUCUCGUAUUUGUGAUCCAUUUAGGAAAAUACUAGAAGAGAACCCAAGAAUCCUUUCUAAGAAUGGAUAUAUUACAAUGUAUAGAAAGCUAUAUGUAGAUGAUAGGAUUCAUAAUCGUCCAACCAAUUAUAUAUAUUGCAGUGUAUGUAACUCCUUAGUUUUCACACCUGCAAAUAGUCUUUUUGAGGAUCGCUAUGGAGAUAACCACUUGAAGAGAUGUAUUUCUGGAAAUACUAUUUCAAAUGAACAUGCAAGAAGAAAUGAAAUUCUCAAAUCUAUUGAUACAAGGGAAUUUCAGAUCUGGCAAUAUAAACAAUACAUAUUACAAGAAGAGGCUAAAAUUAAUCGUCUUCAGCUAGAGCUUUUAUCCCAAUCUACUCCACAUUCAGAAAAGGAUAAAUUGGCAUCGGUAUCAUAUGAUAUUGAUGGAAAUUUUACGGCUAGCUAUAAAAAUUAUGCACAAUCUAAAGCAAAAGAUACUAUGCCAAAUGCUCCAAAUUUCGAGCCAGCUUAUAUUUCACCUACUAGACAAGAAACAAUUUUACCAACUUCUUAUCAAUCAUCAAGUCCUAGCCAAAGGCGCUCAGAGCAAGGGAUUACAAGUAAAAUAUUUAUCUCAUCUUGGUAUGUUAAACAAAAUAACUUAUUACCAUCUAUAGACCAUCUUAAUCAACCCGCAUUAAGAUUGAAAGAUGGUACAAAAAUCACAUUCAUUUAA